GAAAAAUCCCAAUUUCAAACGCUCUCCAAAAUCCCCCCAAUUUCCUCUUCUCUGAAAAUUAAAAAUAAAAUAAAAAUUGAAGUGCAGUGCAGUGCUGUUAAGUGACACACUUCCAAUUCAUCAAAGAAGAAGACGAGUGAAAACGAAAGACACAUGCUUUAAAAUGGCAGCCUCAUCGCCAUCGGCGUCGAAAAGCACCUCCGACGCAACCAUCACCACGACAACUACGACUGCUGCAGCGACGACUCCGCUGCCUCAUCCUCCUCCGCCGUUUCAGCGUAUGGAUACGCUGCCUAAGACACAACGUGGGCUUAAUAAGCCUAAAUGUAUUCAAUGUGGCAAUGUUGCCCGUUCCAGGUGCCCCUAUCGUUCGUGCAAGAGUUGUUGCUCAAAAGCGCAAAAUCCGUGUCAUAUUCAUGUUUUAAAGUCAAAUUCAGCCUUUCCAGAGAAGUCACCAACUUCAAGCACUCCUUCAUCAGACCAGAAGUCAACACAGGCGUCUUCUCAAGUGACUCCCUUAAGGGUUCCCUCAUUUAAGCAGCUUUCAAAUGCUUUCGCACAAUUUGACAAUCUGCAGGUCCGAUCAAAGAAACACCUGACCCGAAAGGAUGCUAUAGCCUUAAACGACUGGAGGUUUUCCAAGUUGAAGGAAUUCAAGGAUAGAAAUAUCAGAAUUGAAAAUGAUGCUUUUGAUCGGUACAUACAGAAUAUUAGUUUACUUGAGGAAGUCUUUUCUAUAAAAUCUAUAGAUGAAGGGUCUGAAGAGGAUGAAGGAUCUAAGCCUAGCUCAACUUUGAAGGAAGAUGAGACUUCGGUGAUGAUUUCAGGUCUGAAGUUGACACUAAAAUCUGAUCCGGUGAGAACUGAUAAUGCCAGAAAGAGGAUAAAACAAAUUGUUGAUCAGGGAAUAGAAAAGCUUCAUAAAGCUGAAGCAAAUGAUGAUGAUAAUGAUCCAGAUGACCAAAAUAAACUCGACAGUAGGUUGAACAAGGUAAAAAGCUCACGGAUUGAAAGAGCUUUAGUUUUAUGUGAUAUUGUUGACAAGUUGAGCAAAGCUCGAAAUGAAGAGGAUCUAAAAUCAUGUUUGGAACUGAAAGCGCAGCUUUAUAACCAGAGCAUUAUGUCCACCGAUACAGAAAUAGAAGAUCCCGGAGCAUUAAACAAAGAAAGUACAGGGACUACGAUAAUUUCCAGGCAAGUAGCUUAUCAUCCAUCGCCAAAAAUGCUUACACAAAUUGAAAUUGAUCAAGAAACACUCAACAAAAUUGAGGCACAUUUCACCUCCCAAGAGCAAAUUGAAGAUUUAUAACUGUUAGCUGGAUUACGGCGGUGGUUCAAAUUCCCCCUCCCCUUUUUUCGGCUUAGUAACAGUGGCUAAAAUUUAUUGUUGGAAGUUAUCCUUUGCUGUUUGGGUUAUGGCCUUAUUCAAACACAAUUUUUUUAGGAAAAAUGAAGAAUCCUGGUACCAUAAUAGCUUAGUUGAUUUCAGUUACUCGAAUGUUAACAUAAAAAUUCAUUACCUGCAUUCAUUUUGUUCAA